AUGGCACCAGCAUGGUUAAACCCCGCGAACUGGUUUCGCCGCCAGGUGGUUCCACCGACCGAAAUCGAGUACGAAGACGAAUACGAACCGCAGCUGGAUGAGCUUACCGAAACGCCCAUGGACAUUGAUGAUGCCCAGCCAUUCACGCCUAGCCUACGUGCCGACGAAGAGGAUGAUGCCGUUCCCGAGGACUAUGGGGAGGAAUUCGCUCCUGACCUGGAAGAAGAAGACAUUACGGAACGACUCAUCGCUCGUCGAAACAAAAUGGAAUUGUACACGAACAAGGAGCUCGACGAAAGGAUUGAAAACCAGUACGCGACUGUGCUGAGAAAGUUGAAGGAGAGAGAUUUCGACGCUGCUACUGCUUGGCGCCUCAUUGUCGGCCUUGAUGCAGUGUGUAAACGCGACCGAAGCAAGGGAUUCCACGACUUGAUCGAGCCUGUAUUGCUGGGAACAGUGACCAUUGCUGCCAUCAUCGAUGACAUGGGGCGUUACGUCGUGCCUUCGAAAUACAGAAACCACGAACGAUACAACGAGGUACGAGGCACCGCCAUGGAUCUAUUCCAAGAAGGUUGGCCACAGGACUUUCUUCAUGCUUUCAUCAAAGAAAUUCAAAGCGAUUUGAUUCCGGUUGAGGAUUGGUCAGACGAGCUUGAGAAUUCGACACGGAAUAAAGACGCCGAAGAAAUGCUCUUCCGCUGGGCCCCACAGCUCUGGGAGAUUUGGAGAGAAGGUCCAACGAAAAUGGAUGGCAGCAGCGUUCGACGCAAGGACGAGGAUGUCGUGAUGAGUGGUAUUGGAACUCCUGAACCACGUACGUCUUCGAACUCGCCACGAACGCCGAAGUGUCCUAGUCAGGCAAGUUCUGGACGUGGAUCGCAGACGCCGAGCUUCUAUACUGCGAACGAUACCAUGCCGGAGUCGGACUCAGGAUCGGAUGCAGAAACGACCGUCGACGAAAUCAUUGAUGAUGUAUGCCUGGGACAUCGCUAUCAUCUUGAAUUCACGGAUGACGACCUCGAUCAGAUUGAGAAGCUGGGGUCGAGCGGUCUUGGUCCUGUCGACGUCUGGCGUAUCUUCGCCGUCUUGCUUGAAGAACUUGGCAGCGCAGAAGCCGUGCUCGCAGACUCUCGACUCUAUGAUAUCACUAGCGGAGGGCGUAGGAGUCGGAAAUGGCUGGACUGGUACGACGACCAUUACAAGGUUAUCUUCUCCGAUUGCGGUCCGGAACUUCGUCGAACGGCCAAGUAUUUGUGGGCACGAGGCUUCGAUGAACAUUUUGUGAAGCGGUAUAUGGAUAUCCUGCGGGGCAGGUAUCCUGUUUUGGGUGAGGAAGAGGCCGCUCUGGCAGUCCAGCUGGAAGAUCACUUUGAGAACGUGGAUGUCCUUGACUGGCUGUCAAGAUGGGCUCCUGAAUUGAAUACGAUCUGGUCAAGGGAGCUUCCUGAGGACGCGCCCGAGUCUGCUGCCAAUCGUUCUUCUUCCUCGUCUGACGAUGGUAAUGAUGGUGAUGAUGACAAAGACAAGGCAGCUGAUCUCGGAAACCGGUACCCUCUCCGAACUCCUCCUCUUCGUGAUGAUGGAUCGGACUUGCCGGACUACGAGCAAUCCCCACCUGGCACAGGCCCACUAGAUUCUGGACUACCAAAAGAUUCAUUACUUCAGAAGCUGAUGUACGGCAAUGGUCGGUUUGACUUACCCCGUGGAGGACGCAAGUCCAAGAAGCAGGAGUUGAGCGACUCAGGUCAUAGGCCUGGUGUGGAUACACCCCAUUCGCCACCCCCUGAGACUGGCAGAAGUACGACAGGACCCAAACCUAAGCCAUACCAGCCGACCAAGACAAGUUUUACACCUGGUGUAGAUACACCUCAUUCUCCACCUCCGCCAAAACAUCGAAGUCCUACGCCGAAGUCAGUUCCAACCGCAAGAGCACGCAGGCAAUCCGUUCUGCCCUCUCGCGAGGAGAUCAAUGCCCGCGUCGUCGAGAAGACCAAAUCGCAAGUAAAGGGUGACACCAUGGUUGUACAACUCCGCGCGCUCAAAGAUCGUGGGUACAGCGUCCGGGACGCUCUGCAUUUAUGGGUUGAAACCCGAGAGGUCACUGAAGGUCCAAUGGAACAGGUGAAAAAGCUUCAAGAGCUUCGCAACCAUCCCAUGGACGCACAAGACUUCCUUCAAAGGGCCUAUCGCGAGGCGUUCUCUGUUGUCAAAGAUCCUCAUCUCCGUCAGACAUUAAAGUCUCUCUGGUGGAAAGGCUUCGAUUCUCGUUAUAUCUGGAAUUACAUCUUGGAGCUGGAAGCGGCAGACCCUUCGUUGGAGACAGAUGAUUUAAGGGAGGCGGAUGUGCUGGAAAUGGACCUUGGGCCGUGGGACAUUUCAGAGUGGUUAUUUCAAUUCCGACCUCGUUUCCGGGAGGUUUGGGACGAAUCCGAAGUCAAGGCGGACUUGGUCACUCCUCUAUCUUCGCCCAAGCCUUCAGGCCGCUCUCUCCUAGACGAAGACUUCCUCGACCUGACAGACAGACCAUUCAUCUGGAACUAUCUCCACGGACAGGGUCAAGAUCGCCACUGGGUUCAAGAUUUUCCGGAUUGGGAUAAGAGAGAUAGUUCGACUCUCGUCAGGUCGGGCCUGGAUCAAUUCCUUGCCUGGCGUCUUGUGGACGGCUUGAGCCAUCGCAGAAUUGAGGGCCCCGAGCGUAUCGCAGCACUCGACUUGCUUGCGAGUGACAAAGCCCUUGCACUCCGCGUUUUGGCCGCUUACAAAGAACAAAUGUUUCAACGACUUGGUUUACUCGGCGAAGAGUUUGAAGAAGUCCGAAAAGCCAUGACUGAAAUGGUGGAUAGCAGCGAGAGCGAGCCUUUCCUGGAAUACGCGGUGCGACAAGACUGUGAAGAGAGGACUCCAGAAAAGCUUCACGAUUUCAUAACGGAACUCGCCGAGGAACGCCGGAAGCUUGAGAAAGAGAAUCCUGGCAAGCUUCUCAGACGUUGCAUCUUGGGCGACUACUUCUACGAUACAAGAAUAUCCAGGAACGGAACCGAGAUGGCAUAUGGGGAUCGGAAGUUGUAUGAGGGCUACAAUGCUCCGACCAAUAACUUUGAUGAAUCGAAUGGUCGAUACUUCCGCGACUUCGUCCUGCAGGCUGUUGAUCCCGGCAUCUGGCAGGAGUGCGCAUUUCGUGGCUGGGGCCCAGCUCGAGCGUGGGCGACACUGACAGCAAUCUUCUACCCGCGAUUCCGCAAUGACACUGUAGAUCAUGAUCGCCCCGAAGAUGAAGAGUAUGGUCUAGCUGUCAAAGACCCGGAGUACCGGAAGCGAUUGAUUCUUGACUGGUGCAGUGAUUUCGCGGAAGACUUGAGGAACAGAGAGGACCCAGAGAUGGUCGAACUGGUUGAAAGCUACAUGGAUCGCCACCUGGACGGCUUCUUGAUCGAGAAAUUGAAGCACGAUCUCCUGGCCACGGGCAAUUACGCGACACGCAGGAAGCUGUAUGGUGCGCUGAGCGACAAGCUCUCGGAGAAGAAUAUGAAUGAAUGGACGUUUGAGUGGGUUCCCUCGUUGAGGGACGCCUGGCUUGGUCCUCGAGAUCCAUCUCCCGGUGGUAGCGAUGACGGCGGCGAUGACGACGGCGAUGACGAUGACGGUGAAAGCGGCAAAGAUGGCAGUCCUCCUCGAAAGCGAUCACGAGAAUCACAUGUCGAUUCGGGUGACGAGGAUGGGAACUCAUCCGAUGACGAUUCGCCGCCGCCUCCAAAGCGUCCUCGUAGCGGCACACCGUUUCCGCACGACGAGUACGGCGCUUCGGAUAUUGUAUCUGAUCCCUUAUCACCUUCUGACUCUGACUUUGGUCCCGACGACUUUCCCCACGUGGCUCGACGACUGUCCUACAACUCUCCAACGCCGCCGAGACCGGCGACACCUCUCGGUCCAAAUGUUUCCUUCGAAGAAAUGUUCACCAGGAAUCGCCCUACUCCAAAGUCUACAUUCAAGGACUUCAGACCCAAGAAGGUCGACAAUUUGAGAUACACCAAUCGUUUGUGGACACCUCGUCGCUUGCCGAAUACACCUACGAAGAGCCAUCUGCCACCUAGUCCCAGACGCAAGGGACCGAAGCCGAGGACAUGUGAAGCUUGUGGGAGGCCUUUUAGGGUGACGAAGAAGAAGCAGCCGGCGGAGCCAAGGAGGGCAGUUACAAGACAUGAGUGA